CUUUAACAUGUCAGCCCCCAGCGAUUGAGCGUGGCUCAAGCAUGCGUACUUGUUUUGGUUAAGUAGCGCUGUCACAUUCACGCGUGAGAUGUCUCGAAUUGUCGUGAAAAACCUUCCCAAAAAGGUCAAAGAGGAACGGCUGCGGGAGUUCUUCUCGACGAAAGGGACGGUGACCGAUCUGCAGCUGAAGUACACGAAAGAAGGUGUCUUCCGACGCUUCGCCUUCGUGGGAUUCAAGGAUGAGGCCCAAGCCGCUGCUGCCAAGGAGUACUUCAACAAUGCGUACCUGGACACUUCCAAGCUUCAGGUGGAGAUCUGCGCCGCCCUGGGUGAUGCGCAGAAGCCGCGCUCAUGGAGCAAAUACUCUGCCGACAGUUCUGCCUACCAGCGUCUGCACCCCGAGACGAAAAAGCCCAAGCCAGUCAAGGAGAAGUCGCCAAGGAAAAACUUCGCCGACGAGUUCUUGAAAGAUCUGGAAGGCAACGAGGAGUUUGAAGAGUUCCUCAAGGUGCACGGUACGCACAACAAAGUCACCUGGGACAAUGACACGCGUGCUCCGAAUGCUGACGGGGAUGCCAAGCAAGUGAAGCCAGCCAAGGCAGUACCACCUCCCAAAUCAGCGGCCGAGGAAGAAGAGGAGGACAGUGCCGAUGAAGAGGAACCUAAAGAUGACUCCGACAAGGCUCCAGCUAUCAGUAAGGCCAAGAAGGAUGACAAGCAGCCACAAGUACCGCAGCAGAAGCAAAAGCCCAAGCUACCAGUGCAAGAGUUUGCCUACACGUUGAAGGUCAAGGGACUGCCGUACAACUGCAAAAAGAAACAAAUCAAGGACUUCUUCAAACCUGCCAAAGUGGCCAGCCUGCGGCUUCCACCAAAAGUCAGAGGCAUUGCCUACCUGGGCUUCAAGAAGGAACAAGACAUGAAGCAGGCACUGAACAAGCAUCACAGCUUCAUGGCUGGACACAGGUUAGACGUCACAAAGUAUGCAAAGCAGGUGGUUCCCGAAAAAAAAUGGCGGCAGUUUGAAGACUUGGGUAACCCACAGGACACACUGGCAGAUACUGGGCGCAUUUUUAUUCGAAACCUGUCCUACACAAUCACUGAAGAAGAGCUGGAGGAACUCUUCAAAAAAUACGGUCCUCUGGAAGAAGUACACUUGUCCAUUGAUCGGGUUACGCGCAAGCCAAAGGGAUUUGCCUUUGUCAGCUUCCUCUUUCCCGAGCACGCAAUCCGGGCCUUCACCGAACUGGAUGGCCAGAUGCUUCAGGGUCGGCUUCUCCAUCUGUUGCCAGCCAAGGCCAAGAAGUCUGAGGAAGAGGAGGGCGAAGGCACAGAGGCCAAGUCUUACAAGGAUAAAAAAGAAGAAGAGCUGAAGAAGUCCAGUGGCAGGAGCCACAAUUGGAACACCCUCUUCUUAGGAGCCAAUGCGCUAGCUGACGUCAUGGCUGAGCGUUACGCCACCUCUAAGCAAGAACUGCUUGGCACCGAAACAGGUGAGAGCGUGGCCGUGCGCAUGGCCCUGGGCGAGACCCAGGUGGUGGCCGAGACACGAGAAUUCCUCGAGAGCAACGGCGUGGUGCUGGAUGCGUUCAGCCGGCCAGCCACCGAGCGCAGCAAGACGGUCAUUCUAGUCAAGAACCUGCCAGCGAAGACUCCACCCAAGGACCUCCACAGUGUCUUUGGAAAGUUUGGUAUCCUGUCGAGGGUAGUCCUUCCACCUUGGGGAGUAACCGCCCUGAUCGAAUUCCAGGAUCCGACCGAAGCGCGGGCUGCGUUUCGGCGGCUCGCUUACUCCAAGUUCAAGCAUGUGCCCUUGUACCUGGAGUGGGCACCCACUGGUGUGUUCUCUACAGAGAAGAAAGGUACAGACAAGUCAAAGACUGAGGGUGAGACAAAGGCCGACACCGUGGAGCAGAAACAUGCUGAGCGACCUGCUGAUGAAGAAGAGGAGGCGGAGGAGGAAGAAGAUAUGCCACCAGAGCCAGACACAACGCUGUUCAUCAAGAACCUCAACUUCUCCACCAACGAGGAGGCUGUCCGAGAGCAUUUUGAGCAGUGUGGACCCAUUCAUGAAGUCACCAUUGCAAAGAAGAAGGACACCAAAAAUCCAGGUCAGCUUCUGUCUAUGGGCUACGGCUUUGUACAGUUCAAGCAGCGCAAGGCAGCCAAGCAGGCUCUCAAGCAGCUGCAACAUUCCAAGCUGGACGGGCAUGCUCUCGAGCUCAAGCUGUCCACACGGGCCACCACCAAAGAGGAAGUGGCGGCUGCACAGCGCAAGAAGGUGACGGAUCUUGGGAAGGAGGGCACCAAGAUUCUGGUGCGCAACAUCCCUUUCCAGGCCAACCAGAAGGAGGUGCAGGAUCUCUUCAGUGUGUUUGGAACUUUGCGAGGCAUCCGGUUACCCAGGAAGAUUGCUGCCGGUGGUCGUCAUCGUGGUUUUGGCUUUGUUGAAUUUCUCACCAAAAAUGAUGCCAAGCGUGCGUUUGAGGCCCUGUGCCAGAGUACCCAUCUGUACGGCAGGCGUUUGGUGCUUGAAUGGGCCUCCACAGAUGACCAGGAAGUGGAUACACUGCGCAAAAAGACCGCCGAUCACUUCCUUCGGGGCGGUCCUUCGAGCAAGCGCCUGAAGAAGUCCGACCUGAUGGCCACGCUGGAUGCUUCCGGUCAGCAGCCUGAUGCCGACUGGAACCUCUAGCUUCAACGGAAGGCUUCCUUCCGCUGUACACACCUGUACAAACUGACGCGCGAACAGGACUUCCUCCGAGGCAGGGAUUUCUGUGCACCGUGCGUGGGCUGUGGCCGCACGUACGUCACCGAGUGGCCCUUUGCGGCCACGGAUCAAGUAUCUCGUCAACGCUGCUGCAGAUCGAGCGGAGAUGUCUUUGAGCAGCUCAUUGGGUGUCUCUUUCCAUGCUGCACCGCAGCUUCCCUGCCCUACAUUGCUCAUCAGGCACCAGCAGGGGCCAGUAAAAAAAAAAAACGGAAAACAAAGCGGGCAACCUUCCUUCAAGUCAUCGCUGUCCGGCUCUAAGCUGAAGCGCCGCGCAAGUGCGCGCAAUAAUUCUCGUCACCGGAUCAUUUAACAGUUGCGGAUGUCUUAGGCCACAUCUGUUCGACGAUCCAUCUUGCACUGAUGUAUCCUGGGGUAAUGUAAGAUGGUGGGAAUAAAAAGGAGGUUCUAUUUUUU